UUAAAAAACUCUAAUUUUGUGCAAUAACGUGAAAUGUGAAAUAUAAUUCGAAUAUUUUUAUAUAAAAUUUUACAAAAAAAUAUAUUAUUAUUUAAACUUAUUACCAUAAAAAACUUAAAACGGAAUUUUAGUUUUAAAAAUGUCUAACAUUGAAAGCACCAUGGCUACCGUAGCGGAAGAUUUGCCAAAAAGUUUUACCUUCGGUACGGUCGAUUAUAUUGUGUUCGUAGUGAUGUUGUGCGUAUCGGCCGGUAUUGGUGUUUACUUUGGUUUCUUUUCGAAAUCGAAAAAUACAACAGAUGAAUAUUUAAUGGGCAGUAAACAAAUGAAAACCAUACCCAUUGCAAUAUCCUUAAUAGCAAGUCAACUUUCAGGUAUUGCAAUUAUGUCAGUACCGGCGGAAAAUUAUGCAUUCGGUUUUACAUACGCUUUUAUUGUGGCGUGUUUAAUCUUAGUAAUUCCCAUUCUCAAUUAUAUUAUUGUUCCAGUAUUCUACAAUAACAAUAUUUCGAAUUGUUAUGAGUAUUUAGAAAUGCGGUUCAAUAAGAGGACACGUCAAUUGGUGACAGCUUCGUUUGUUGUGAAUGCUUGUCUCAUGUUACCGGUCUAUAUAUUUGUACCAUCUUUGGCAUUCUCUCAAGUGACGGGCAUAAAUAUUCAUUUAAUAAAUACUGUGAUAUGUUCGAUUUGUAUAUUCUAUACCAUGUUGGGUGGUAUUAAAGCUGUUGUGUGGACUGAUGUAGUACAGGCUGGUAUAAUGAUUUCUUCGGUGGUUUUGGUGGGAGUUUUAGGCACUCUAAAAGUGGGCGGCCUAAGCAAGGUUCUGGAAUAUGCGGGCGAAGGUGGUCGUCUUGAUUUCAAUUUUUCAACGGAUCCUCGGGUACGUUCGACAUUUUGGAAUCUGUUUAGUGGUGGCGUAUUAAUGUGGGUGGGUCAUGUUGGUUUAAAUCAAAGUUGUGUCCAAAGAAUUGUCUCUUUGCCCUCUUUAAGUCAAGCUAGAAAAGCUUUAGUUAUAGUUGGAAUUGGAGUUUUUAUUAUUAUGGGUUUCAAUUCUUUUAUUGGACUUGUCAUGUUUGCUCGUUACUAUGGAUGUGAUCCCAUCUUGGGUGGUAUUGUUGAAAAAGCUGACAAAAUGAUGCCUUUCUUUGUGCAAGAUGUCAUGGGCCACUUGCUGGGCAUGCCUGGUGUUUUCAUUUCAUGUGUUUUCAGUGCUGCCUUAAGUACCAUGUCGGCCAUGUUGAAUUCGGUAGCAGGUGUCGUCUAUUUUGACUAUAUUAAGCCCUUUAUUAAGCAUACAGAUGCCCGAGCAAAUAAUAUAAUGAAGAUAUUUGUUGUGGCCAUGGGUUGUUAUUGUAUACUGGGCGGUUUAGUGGUUCAAAGAUUCACCUCAAUUUUACAAACAAUCAUCACAAUAACGGGCAUUAAUACGGGAGCAGUAGUGGGUGUAUUUCUGUUGGGCAUGUUUGUUCCCAGAGUCAAUGGCAAAGUGGCAUUCAUAUCAAUAGGUUUUAGUGUUGGCGCCAUGUUAUGGAUUAUUCUUAAUGCUCAAAUGCGCCUCAAGGCAGGCUAUAUAAAAUAUGAAGGUCUGCCCACAUCUGUGGAUCGAUGUGAAUCUCUGAAUUUCCAAGGCAUGCUGCAAAACAUUACCAGCAUUCCCAUAUCACUGACCACAACUGAACAACCUCUUGUUACCGGCACUUUAAGCAGUAAUCGUGACUUUUCUAUUUACGAAAUAUCCUUUUAUUGGUAUAAAUUAUUGGGCGCCUUUUUCGUAUGGAUUUCGGCCAUACCAUUAAGUUAUAUUUGGAAACGUGAUAAGGAGGAUAAAAUGAAUCCCAAACUGUAUUCACCAUUUGUUAAGAGCUUCCUAAGCCAACCUGUUGUCCAAAAGGAAGAAAUACCUUUGAGAACACCGCAUCCCUCUUUAAUAGACGGUCAUGCCACGAUUUCAAUAUCAGAAAAGGAAAUUGAAAAUGAAAAUGAAAUCAAGAGUUAAUUUUAAAUUCUACCUCUUUACUAAUUUAUGAUAAAACUUUAUUACAAAUUUUAAUUACUUAUUAAUUAGUGCUAGUAUUAUUAGUUUUUAUUCUUAAUUUUAAAUAACUUAAGGUUUUCUAAAUUAAGUGCAUAUGAAUGUAGUACAUAAUAAAAAUAAAUAAAAAAUCAUAAUUUUUAAAUCCAGAAA